UACAAUCCUUGCAGGAAACGGGAGUUAUUUAUGGGGACUUUCUGUUGAUCUCAAGCUAAGUCUUUUGAGCCAAGCGCUGCUUUUGGGAACAUUUCUCUACUGUACAAGCUAACACAAACCUCUACAGAGGCUCUAGUAUUUGACCAAUCAGAUGUCGUCGCCAGUGUCCCCACGUGGUACCUCCUCGACCCCUCGUCUCCCCAAACCUCGUCUCAUCUCAGAGUUGAACUAUGCUGUGCUCAAGAAGCUCUCUGAUAGACUGGACAUGCCAGGGGAGGGCAACUGGAGGAAGCUCAUCAGUGUACUGCCAGGCGUCUCGUAUGAUCAAGCCACUGUUGAGAAGUUUGGACUCAACGGUAACCGUGUGGAGGGCAGCCCUAGUUACGCCCUCAUGACAGACCUUAGCAACCGUGGCAUUAGUUACGAUGUUCUCAUCACUGGCCUGAAGAAACUCCACUUUGGUGCCGCCCUCACUGACCUCGGCUACAGAGAGGAGGUAAAGUUCAAGGUUCAGCCGGUAGCAACACCCGCUAUCGAGGGUCAAAUGGCAGAGCUUACUUGUGAGGCCACAGGGAUACCCGCCCCCUCAUACCUCUGGUUCAAAGGUCGUGAACCCCUCAGUGAUCAAGUCUCCAAUGUCCUAGUGAUUGAGCGGGUUGCCAUGGACGACGCGGGCAUGUACACUUGCAGGGCUUCCAAUGACGUCAACACAUUGUUCUCCAACUGGGCAGAAGUUAUUGUACAAAAACCACCUGUCCUACGAAAACAAGUCAUCCCUGGGAAUCCUCAAGUCACUGACAUGCCCAUCCUUCGUGAAUGGCCGGAGCCCAACCUGGCCACAGCUCUGGACAGCAAGUUACACCUGAGGGUAGUAGCUACUGGCCACCCUGGAGUGACCCUCUCCUAUCAGUGGCUAAGAGAUGCAAAGACACUGGGAUAUGCCACAUCCUCUGACUUGGUUAUAUCCAGAAUGGGCGUGAAGGAUUUUGGAGCGUAUAAUUGUCGGGUGACCUCUGACCUUGGUGUGAGUGUGCUGACCCCGAGCUGUGUAGUAUCACCACUUCAACCCAACGAGGAACCAGUCAUGCAGGACCAUCCAGUCAUGCUGGAUCACCCCAGUCGUGGUACUCGUACCCCCGGCCCUAGUCACCAUGCCAACCACCCCCACCAAAUGCCUGACUAUGGUAACGACAUAUACCAGCAACCACAGCAACAUUCUGGAAUGAUACCCCCUGAUAUUUACCCCGGUGGUCAUGAGGCCUUGUUCUCUGGUGGUAUGGUCCCUGCCUCACCACAGGACUACCAGCUGAUGCAGCGUCACGAGGCUGGUGGCUAUCAUCUCCCACCAGGAUACCCCAACACUGAAUACUAUCAGGGUCCGAGCGGUGUUGCCAAUGAUUACAAUCGAGACAUGGAUCAACCAACAGGACCAGCUGAUGACGGGGCUGGAGGUCAAGGAGAGCUGCCUGAUCUGUGGGACAAGUGCUAUGAUAAAGUGGCUCUUCUGGUCGGCAAUAAGAAGUACCACAAGUCUGAGCUUCUCCUCAACACUCCUGACAGGGACGCUCAGGACCUGGCCGGAGUAUUGCAGAGUGCAGGGUUCAAAGUGGUGUCACUCAUCGACCUGAGCAAGAGGGAGAUGGAAAAGGCUGUGGAUUACUUUGCCACUCUUAUUGGCAAGAACGUGUAUGCUCUAUUCUUCUUUGCUGGUCACGGGUUUGAAUACAACGCUCGUAACUACAUGAUGCCAGUGGAUUCAGACGUGGAGAAGAAGCCAGAGCAAUGCGUGUGUGCACAGGAAGUGUUGGACGCUAUGCAAGUGGGCGGGGCUAAGCUAUCCAUCAUGAUCCUGGAUAUGUGCCGAGUCAGCGCUUCUACUUAUCCAAACAGCUCCACUCCUGUGGACUAUGCUCAGUUGAACUUUGUACCCUCCGCCCGAGCUACUGGAUAUUUCCUACUAGCCUUCUCAUGCACUCGUGCCGAGCGUGCUUACGAGGCCAGCACUGAAGCAGAGUCCCUACAAGAGAAGGACAAGAACAACUCUAUCUUUGUGUCAGCUCUCAAGGAACACCUGGAUGAUGGAACCCUCAACCAGCGUCUAGACACUCUCCUCACUGACGCUGCAGCCAAGGUGAGGGACCGUGGGCGUGACUUGAGAGCUGCGGCCAAUGGGUGGAUGAGGCCAGAGAUAAGACACAAUAUGGCAGGACCACUCUCCCUGGCUGAUGAGGUGAAGAGAGGUCCCGACACAGAGAGAGAGGAGAGGGCUCAAGUGUGGCAGCGGGCACACUUUGUGCCUGAGAGUGUAGUGAUUGGUUGUCAAGGCUCUGAUGUGACUGGGGCCAAACCCUCAGAGAUUGCCGUGAGGCUCCACUUUGAGGCAGAGCAUUCAAACGUCCUCAUUGUGACUGCAGAGUUGUUGAACGGGUGUCUGGCAAGGGUCGAAGUUCACCGUAUGACUAUGUGCCUUGUGCAGGAUGGGAUCCCCCACCAUCCAAAACUGAAAGCGUCUGAUUUUGACAAGGAGUAUCGAUUCUCUGAUAGAGGCACGUACAGAGUGGACCAUAUCCCCUGUCCCAACGAUAUCCUCCACUUCAGAAUCCCAGGCAUUCAGAAGAUUAGGUCGGCGACGGUGACGCUUGAGAUAGAGGUGGUGUACACGUUCCAACGAGCUGGCUCUCACCGUCACCAGAGACACACCCUCCUCUCAACAACACUCCCGCCCCCUCUCUAUUCUCAGGUCACAGUGCACGGACCAAUCAACUCACCCGACACUGGAUACCAUGGUAACAGGAUCUGAACACUACACAACUAUAAUUAACAGCCGAAGAAAGUUUUGUCUUAUUGUGUAAUAAUUGAUACAUACAAUAAUUAUACUGUUCGUAAAAAUUAAUCAUAACAUUAUCAUUUUUUGUUUUAAACACAUAAUUAUUGUUUCAACCGUGA